UUGAGUCGCAUCGAGGCUUCGCCGAGGCUGGCUGCAGACGAGGAGUGCGGGAGGGGGCGAGGAGGGCAAGGGCCCGCCACCGCUGGCCCCGGCGGCGGCGCCCGCCCUGGCUACGGCUAUGAAGCCCUCUCAGCCGCUAGCGACGGGAGUGACGCAGACCCCGACGAGGCACCGGAUUACACCGCUUUCGAGAUGGAGCUUUCCGGUGGCGGCGAGUCGGCUGAAGGCCCCUCCUCCCGCGGAUCUGCCAAGGUCAACUUCCCGCCUGACGUCGAGCUCGAACGUCGACCGACGGCCACGUUCACAUCUUCCUUUCGCCGUGGACGCGGCCGCUCGAUGAGCGCUUGGAGCGACAUAAGCCGCUCGAGCAUUCGCUUCGAGGAACGGUAA